UAAACCUUCCUUUUCAUGCCAUGUGACAUUACAUUAUACCAAUUUCUUGUGUACACUACAAUCACAAGUCUAAAAUCUAAUUUUUUUACUCUAUUUUCUCCAACCUAAUUGCCACGCACCACCACUGUUAUGGCUUUGGCCAACCCAUUUUCGCUGGCUUUGCCUUCAACGAUGCCAUGCAAACACAACUCUUCAAUAGUGCCACUUUGCACUCUAACUUCUCAACCAUUUAAACUUAGACCAUUAUCAUUUACAUUCAGGAAAAAGCAGCAUCACAUGUGUGGUGCCCUCAAAGGUGCACCUUUGGUUGAUCACAAAGAUGGGGAGGAUCAGAAGGUUGUUCUUGUUGACCUUUCCAGUGAAGAGGGGCAGAAAGAUGAGAAGGUGGUUGUAGAAUAUGAUUGGACACAAGAAUGGUACCCUUUGUACCUUACUCAUGAUGUGCCUGAUGAUGCACCGCUUGGUCUCAAAGUGUUUGACAAGCAACUAGUUUUGUUCAAAGAUGGCAAUGGAAAGCUUAACUGUUAUGAAGAUCGCUGCCCUCAUAGGUUAGCAAAGCUAUCAGAAGGCCAGUUGAUUGAUGGAAGGCUUGAGUGCCUAUACCAUGGAUGGCAAUUUGAAGGUGAAGGCAAAUGUGUGAAGAUACCUCAGCUUCCAGCUGAUGCUAAAAUCCCUCGAUCUGCCUGUGUUAAAACAUAUGAGGUGAGAGAUUCUCAAGGAGUUGUGUGGGUAUGGAUGUCUCAAAAGACAACUCCAAAUGUUGAUAAAAUACCUUGGUUUGAGAACUUUGCAAGGCCAGGAUUUCAAGACAUUUCAACAGUUCAUGAACUCCCAUAUGAUCACUCUAUUCUUCUAGAAAAUCUGAUGGAUCCUGCUCAUAUCCCAAUCUCACAUGAUAGAACAGAUAUGAGUGCAAAAAGAGAGGAUGCACAGCCACUUUGUUUUGAGGUGACUGAAAGAACUGAUAGAGGUUUUGCAGGUUGGUGGGGCAAAGAGAAAGAUGGAUCUAUGCCUAACCGUUUAAGGUUUGAAGCUCCUUGUGUUCUUCAAAACAACAUAGAAAUUGUUGAUAAAAGUGGUGAAAAACACUACUUCAGUGGUUUGUUCCUAUGUAGACCAACUGGACAAGGGAAAUCCAUGUUGAUAGUGAGGUUUGGAGGAACAAAAAGUUUUCCACUAUCAAAACUGUUCCCCAAAUGGUAUCUCCAUCAAAAUGCAAGCAAAGUGUUUGAGCAAGACAUGGGGUUCUUAUCAUCCCAAAAUGAAACUUUGAUAAAAGAAAAGGUCCCCACAAAGGAACUAUACUUUAAUCUAAGAUCAUCAGAUACAUGGGUUGCUGAAUACAGAAAGUGGAUGGACAAAGUUGGGAAUGGAAUGCCAUAUCAUUUUGGUCACAACACUAUUUCCUUACCAAAAGAACCUGCAGUGGUUGAGCAUGCACCUGCUGGACUCAUUGCAGGAAUGUCAGCUGCUUCACCUGCUAAGGGAGGCAUUGGUGAAAUGCAUGCUCCUAAUUUAGCCAAUAGAUAUUUUAGACAUGUCAUACAUUGCAAAGAGUGUAGAAGUGCAUUGAAAGCUUUUCAAUCUUGGAAAAAUAUUUUUUCAGCUAUAGCAGUUGGAUUGGUGGCAUUGGCAAUUGUGGUGUCUGGGACACAUUGGAAAGCCCUUCUAUUGGUAUCUGCAUCCCUUUGCUCAGUUGGAGUCUAUGCUUGCUCAACUGCUAUUGCUAUGGCUACAUCGAACUUUAUUAGGACUCAUAGGAGAUUGUGAACUUUGAGCUGCUACAAAUAGUUUAUCCGUUGGAAUACUUAGUUUGUCUAAUGAUAUAGUGCCUGUCUGUGUAUAAGUUGAAACAGAGUUUGGGGAAUUUUCAAGACAGCUCAAUGGAGUUUUCUCAAAGCCUUUAUUGCCUGUCUGUGUAUACCCAAAUGACAUGCUUGUUUGAUAACCUUAGCAAUGUUUCCCCCCAACCACCUGCUAAUAUUUUCUCUGUGUUAUUAAAUUUUAAAUCUGUCAUAUUAUACCUUAUGUGUCAAUGUUUGUUGACUUUUCAGUGAUCUUUUUUUCUCAUUUAAUGACAAUAUUAUGAUUUUAUUAUACAAAAAUAUUUUAUUUGAAAAUCGCUUGUAGCUUUUAUAAACAAACUGCAUGAGAUGAAUACAUACAAUACUAAUAUAUCAAUUUAGCAUUAUAUAAAUGAAACAACAAAAAUUUAUCAACCAGUUUUGCUUUAGAGACAAGAAAAUUUGAUCAAUCAGUUUUGAGCAUUGUUAUAAUAAUUAUCUUAAAAUAAGACUUUUUAAUAUCAGUAACAAAUAGAGGUCACUUUUCAUAACUAAAUCAAAU